CCGCACCGAACCCAUCCCUACAGCAGGGCCCCGUGUCCUGCGGUACCGCACCGCAUCCCGGGGCACCGCACCGCGCCCUCCGGCACCGCUCCGCUCCCCGCGCCGCCGUGCCCGCAGCACCCGCGCCCGACGGGACCAUGAUGUCGUGUGCCGAGCUGCUGGCCGUGUGCCUGCUCUCCGCAGACCGCGGCCCCAAGCCCCACCGCCAGCCGCUGCCCAUCUUCCACGACAUUUUCCGGCGAGCCGACAAGAACGAUGACGGGAAGCUGUCAUUUGAGGAGUUCAAGAACUAUUUCUCGGAUGGCAUCCUGAGCUCGGAGGAGCUGUGGGAGUUGUUCAGUGGCAUUGACAGGCGUCACUCAGACAAUGUGGACACGGAGAAGCUGUGUGAUUAUUUCUCGGCAUACCUCGGGGAAUACAGGAACGUGCUCUCUGCCCUGGAGACCCUCAACGCUGCGGUGCUGGCAGCCAUGGACAAAACCAAGCUGAGGUACGAGACAGCCUCGAAGAUGGAGCAGUUCCUGACGAGGUUCCUGCUGCGGGAAACCAUGCACCAGCUGCAGUCCCUGCAGGCGUCCCUCGAGUGCGCCGUGGACACCGUGGAGGAGCAGGCGGGACGGGAGAGAAAGGAGAUCAAGAAAACGGAGACUUCAGUUGGGCUGAGGUCAGGGCGGCGGUGUGGGCGCAGGGGACAGAAGAAUGUCCGUCUGUCCCCAACAGACCCCUACUCUGGGAUGCUGACAACAGGUGUUUGUGUCGAGGACAACAGCCAGUGGAUGGCUCAGAUCAACAGGCUCCAGCAGCUCAUCGAGAAGCUGGAGUGCAAGAGCCCGCGCCUGGAGCCGCUGAAGGAGGAAGACAUGUGCAAGGGACAGGAUGCACACAUCCUGGUGGCCAAGAGGCAGAUCUCGGUGGCCACGAGCGGCAUCGAGGAGUUCCGGCAGGCGUUCCGCUGCUACACCGAGGGCACGGCCGGGCACAGCAGCUGCCUGCAUGUCUCUGCCUGCAAGCUGACGGACGAGGCCUGCUUCAUCCUGUACGAGUUCUGGCAGGACGUGACCUCGUGGAGAAGCCACUUGCAGUCCAGCUGCAGCAAGGCUUUCCAGCAGUCCAUCCUCAGCUUGCUGGAGUCCCCGGAGCUGCUGACCACCAUGCUCUUCCCAGCUUCCUGGUGGAUCAUGAACAACAACUGACCCGGGGCAGCGUCUGCAGGACACCAUCAGCAUGCGGGAGGACGCGGAGCCCUGGGCACGGCCUCUGUCGCCUUUGUCACCUCCCUGUCCCUCCCUUCCCUCCUGUGGCCAGCGGGGGCUGCCUGCCCCAGGCCCUGCCAGUGUUUUGCUCCUUUGCUCUUUUCAUGUUAAUUUAUUUAUUUCUCCUGCUCCUAAGCCAGUGUCCGAGCUGCCUGGGGGGCUGUGGGUGGGGUGGCAGCCCGGCCCCCGGGGAGCACUGGGCUGGUGCUGCAUUCCGGGAGCCUCAGUCCCUCUUGCACUCAGCUCCUCUUCCUCCUGGCUCCGAGGCUGCCCAGGGAUGGGCAGGGGGACACGGCCCUGGCCAGCGGUGACAUCCUGCCCAGGGAGCCAGGUGGCCUGAUAUGGAUUGUCAAGAGUGUUUUAUAGGGGAAAAAAAUAUUUCAUGAAGUACUUCUGGCAAGGCGUACCCGAUCAUGCCCUGCCACGCUGGCAGCAUGUGGCUUUGAGCCUGGCUUUGUGCCCAGCAGCUGUGCCCACGGCUGAGCCUGUCCCCAGCACAUCCCACUGCCAGGGAAGGCCACAGUGGCUCCAGUCUCUGCUGCUGCCUCAGUUCCCAUAACCCAGCCUUGGCACGGGGCAGUGGUGCCAGAAGCUGGAGCUGAG